GUUCACUAUGUGUUCAGACAAACCAACGCAAAGUUUAGAACUUCCGUUGUGCAAUGCUAUCAACAGGAAGGAUUUAGGUGCAAAGCAUUUUGUUGGAAACUUGAGUGGUCGUUUCCAGCUAGAAGUCUUUUAUUCUGCUGCCAUUAAAGAAUUUAACAUAUUAGGUUUUAGAGAUCGAAUAAACAUCGCGCUGACUACUAACACUACGGUAACAAUAAUUUGUGAGGCUUUCGGUAACCCAUCGCCGAUGGUGGAGCUUGUGACACCUUCAAACUCAUUCACCAAUAAAUCAUUUUUGCAAUUGGACAUUAUGAUAAUCUUCAGUCGCACAAAUGUAGCCCAACUCACUUGUAUAGCUUCAAAUGGAUUCGGUAACGACUCAAAGUCAAUUUAUGUAGAAGAAGAAAGAGAAGGGCAUUCUGGAUCCACAACAAUCACUGUCGUUAUCUGUCUUGGAAGUAUUGUCCUUGGUCUACUUUCUAUGGUUUGUAUAUACAGAGGACGCUACAAAUUGUUAAAGAUACUGCACAGAAAAGUUGCAGAACCGGCUUUUGAAAUGACUUUGGAUGCAGAGGUCCAUCUGACAAGCUUUCCUGGGCAUAAUAAUGUUAACAAUCUCGAGGAAGAGGCAUCACAUAACGAAAAAAGCCAAGGAAGCAUACCGUCGAAUAAUCGUGUUCUCAAAACUCGUGGAUUUAGUAAUGAGACAUAUGCUGAAUAUACCCCUAGAUGCGAUCAACAAUACUCUACAGACGACUAUGGCACCGAUGCUCACAUCUCGUCUAGUCCGAGAACCUUGAGUUUUGGUAACGCUUCACAAGACGCCUGUCGUUCAGAGACAUCCACAGCACAAGCAGAAUGUAUUUACAGCAUUGCCAAGGAAAUUAAACAAUGAAGCUACCCACGUUAAGGAUUAUGAUAAUUUAGUAUAAAAGUGUCUCCUUUUGCUGUUGUAUGAUAUAUUACGACAAAAUGGCUGUGUUUAUAUGACAGAUUAUACCUUUCAUAUAUUGGUUUGUGUAUGACGCUGCUAUGAUAUACGUAGACAUCAUUUCCUGUUUGCUUAAUAUAAAUGUUAUAUGCCGUCUUAGAUUAUAAUGUAUUUUCUUAUAGAUUUAAAAGUUUUUUAAAUGGAGAAAUUAAUGAAAUAUAAGCACAUGUGGACCUAACUGGAAGGCGUUAAAGUAUCAAAUGGAUAAAUACCUAUUUCAAAUAUGUAGUAUUAUAAAAUUAAUUAAUUGUCUUUUCAUUCAUAGGUUUUUUUGAACAUAUGAAGAGCUGGUAUCAUACGUAUCAUAGCUCAUAUGUAUCUUAAAUCAAUGCAUGUGAUGAAAAACAAGUUAAACUAUUAUUCUCAACUAGUGUUUGUUGCAUAUAAUCAUGUACAUUGCAUAUAUGCGAAUUAUGGAACCGUGUGAUUUGACUGAAAUAGUGUGCAUCAUGUGAUAUAUUGUCUCUUAAAAAUGGAAUACCUUGUUUUAAGUUUCUCCUUAAAACUGAUAUCGAACAUUUAGCAAUACAAGUGAGCAAUUUGUAACAGUUGAAUACUAAAGAGCCUUUAUACUUUAGUGCAAUAAUGAUAUCAGUUCUAAACAUUCAUCACAUGAUUUCAUAUAGGUACAAAUAUUGUAUUCAGUUAACAAACGGAUCUUCAAAUCAAAAAUGCAUUCAGUUACUAUCGUAUGAAAUCAAAUAACAUUUAAAUUCAACAUAACCAUUUUUUAUCAUUUAAAAUUUAGUUUUUUAUACCAUGAUUCAUGUAAGGAAGGAGUCCUACAUUUAUGCAUGAUUGUUAGUUGUUUACUUACUGUCCUGUUUCGUAUGUGCUUUUGUACGUGUUCAUGUCGAGGGCUGUGUCUGUUUGUAUGAUUUAUUUCAUUUAAGUCGAUUGUUUCUGUGAGUUGUGUACAAUAAUAAAUAC